UCGCUAUUCAAUCUUUUAAUUAUUAAAAAUAUAUUUUUUAAGGAUUUCUGUUUAACAUUUAUUAAUUUUAGAUGUCAGGUUCAAAAGGGAAGCUGUUUUUAAAACCAGCAAAGACGGGCUUUCAAAGAUUAGAAGCAAAUUCCAACAAUACAUCAGAAAAUGGCAAUUCUUUUAAUGCUGUCAACAAUCCCUUUCUAAAAUGCGAGGAGAAGGAGGAGGAUACACCAAAAAAUGAAAAAUUAGAAGAUCCAGCUAAGGAUAUUUCGAAUGAAUUAAGAGAACAUAAAACAGAUGAGUUGUUUAAACCUGCUAAGAAGAACCUUAAUUUGUUUACUAACGCGACGACAUUAUCAGAAAAUUCCAAUUUUGUUUUCGGUCAAAAUCUCCAUGCAAGAGUUGUUAUUGAUAAGAAUUCACCAUCACUAGAAGGUACAAGCAAAAAGUCUGAUGAUGAGUCAAACAGUAGUUCUGGAUUAUUGUUUUCAACUGCCCUAAAAGAGGAAUCGGCAAAUAAUGAGAAUGUGGACCAAGCUAAAGAUGCUUCAACACAACUGAUCGAAAAGAAGGAAGACGAUAAAAAUACAGAAAGUUCAAAAGCGUCUACAAACGACAAUAGUUUGAGUCUUGUUGAAGCGGCAAGAAGGUAUGAGGAAAUGAAAGGCGCUCAGAAACGAAAGUAUGAGGAAGUAGAAAUUAAAACUGGGGAAGAGGAUGAAAAGAACAUAUUGGAGAUGAACUGUAAACUAUUUACAUUUGAUAAGAAUAAUUGGGAAGAGCGAGGAAGAGGAACAUUACGUUUAAAUGACUGCAAAAAUAGUUCCCGUGUUGUUUUCCGUGCGAGUGGAAGUUUUCGUGUUUUAUUAAAUACUAAAGUUUUUAGAGAUCAAUUAUGCGAGCAACCAAGUUCUAAAAGUCUACGAUUAACGGCAAUCGAUUCUGCUGGUUUGAUUAAAAUCUAUCUUGUUAUGGGUAAAAAUGAAGACAUUGAAAAUCUUAAUCAUUAUUUAAGUAAUAGAAUUCAACGUGAAAAAAAUCGAACACCAGAGCCUGAAGACGAAGAGAAUUCUCGUCCUAAUGAGACAGUGGAUGUCAAUGAAUCAUCGGAACCUGCUAACAAAAAAACAGCAACGAGUGACGAGUGAUUAUGAUUAACACAUAGAAGUUAAACAAUAUAUUUUAAUUAAAAUAACUACUAAACAUUUGUACAAUCCGAAAACAAUUUUCGCUUUUAAACUUUUUGAAUUUUUUUCAAACUCUAUUCAUAUACAGUUAAAUGCAUCAGAAUUAAAAAACCAGAAAUAUCAAAUCAUCAUAAAUCAAUAUGAAAUUGAAUGAAAAAUCAAGGAUUUAAAAUUUAAACAAGCAAGCUGAACAAGCUUAAAACUUUAUUUUUCGCUUAAAAUGUCGGCACUUUCUUUAUAAUAUCAAUUCUCUAGUUUAUGAAGCUAUUAAUAAACCAUUUAUUUUAAAAUGGUAUCUAAAUCGACAAAUUCUUGUUUUCUUUUAAUACAUUCCUUUACAGGAUUUUGUAACAG